AUGCCUUCCUUUGGAGAUUUCGUUCAUACUCAAUUCGUCCUCAAGAUCCCCAAGCCCUCCGACUCAUUCGCCUCCAAGACCGUCAUCGUCACUGGAGCUAAUGGAGGUCUUGGUCAGGAGAUAGUGAAGCACAUUAUCCGCUUAGGUGCCAGCAAAGUCAUUUUUGGUUGUCGCAGUCGGUCGCGAGGCCACAAGGCCAAGCUAGACAUUGAGUCGCUUCUGAAAUGCAAUCCUAACAUAAUCGACGUGUGGGAGGUCGAUCUAGAGUCUCCCUCAUCAAUCAAGACUUUCGUUGAGAAGGCCAAUGCUUUGCCUCGACUGGAUGUCUUGAUCAACAACGCAGGCGUCCGCUGCUUCAAGUUCAACAUCAUCUAUGACACCGAACGAACACUCGCUGUCAACAACAUUGGCACGUUUUUACUCGCGUUUCAACUUAUCCCCAAGCUCAAAGAGACUGCGCGAGAGUAUGGGGUUACGCCCCACAUGACAAUCGUGGGUUCAGCGUUGUAUGAUGUGGCCAAGUACCCCGAAGGGCACGGGAAUGACAUUUUUGCCUGGUACAAGGACGAGUCACAUUUCAAUCCGAUGAACCAAUAUAAUCUCUCGAAACUAUUGCAGUUAUAUACAGAAAUCAAACUAUGCGAAAUCGUCGAUCCGGCUGACACAUCCAAUGCGAAUCCCAUUGUGAUAAAUUCCGUCGAUCCCUGCUUCUGUAAAACUGGGCUAUCGGGCGAGAUGAGCGGAGGGCCUAAGGCUUUCUUCAAAGUGUUCGAAUCGAUCGCGGCUCGACCGCCAGAGGAGGGAUCUCGACUCGUGGUGCAGGCUGCGUCGGCAGGACGGGAAACUCAUGGACUAUAUUUGCGGGCUGGUGCAGUUCAGAACUACAACGCCUUAGCUCAGGACAGUCAAAAGACCACCUACUUUUGGAAGUUACUCACCAACAGACUGGAGGAGCUGCAGCCGGGUAUUCUACAGAAUCUCAAGUGA